UUCCCUGGGCCCCCGGGGUCGCCCGGCUUCCGGCCUCGGAGCGUGCUUCCCAGGACGGUGAGACGCUCCCCGAAGCUCAGACACACACAGGGAGAAGGCCAUGUGAUGGAUGAAAACAGAGAUGGGAGUGAUGCAUCUACAAGUCAAGGAACACCAAGGAUUGUCGGAGACCGCCAGCAAUUAGAAGAGAGCCACGCUGCCUUCCAGGGAGCUGCAAUGGAUGACCAACAGUUAGAAGUCGUGGACCCCCCUCUGAGUCAGGAGACAUUUUCAGACUUGUGGAAUUCACUUCACGGAAACAAUGAUCUGAAUCCUGAGGACUCCCAGGCAGUGGGUGGACUGGACUGGAUGCCCUUCAGCCUCGAAGACUGUCUGGACAACGGCCCAAAUGAAGCCUCCAGCAUGGCAACAACUCCUGCACCAGCAGCUGCUGUCCCAGCACCAGCCACCUCCUGCACCCUGUCAUCCUCUGUCCCUUCCCCGAAGACCUAUCCUGGUAGCUAUGGCUUCCGUUUAGACUUCCUGAAAUCUGGGACAGCCAAGUCUGUAACCUGCACGUACUCCCCCGUCCUCAACAAGCUGUUUUGCCAGAUGGCAAAGUCCUGCCCGGUGCAGCUGUGGGUCAGCUCCCCACCCCCGCUCCAUUCCCGGGUCCGUGCCAUGGCCAUCUACAAGAAGUCCGAGCACAUGACGGAGGUCGUGCGGCGCUGCCCCCACCAUGAGCGCUGCUCCGAGUACAGUGACGGUCUGGCUCCUCCUCAUCACCUUAUCCGGGUGGAAGGGAAUUUGCGUGCUGAGUAUUUGGAUGACAUGAACACUUUCCGACAUAGUGUGGUGGUGCCCUACGAGCCGCCUGAGGUGGGCUCCGAGUACGCCACCAUUCACUACAACUUCAUGUGUAACAGCUCCUGCAUGGGGGGCAUGAACCGGCGGCCCAUCCUCACCAUCAUCACACUGGAAGAUUCCAAUGGUAAUCUGCUGGGACGAAACAGCUUUGAGGUGCGUAUUUGUGCCUGUCCUGGGAGAGACCGGCGCACAGAGGAAGAAAAUUUCCGCAAGAAGGGGGAGCCGAGUCCCAAGCAGCCCCCUGGGAGUCCCAAGCAGCCCCCUGGGAGCACUAAGCGAGCACUGCCCACCAACACUGACUCCUCUCCUCCGCCAAAGAAGCCAGCGGAUGAAGAAUAUUUCACCCUUCAGAUCCGUGGGCGUGAACGCUUUGAGACGUUCCGGAAACUGAAUGAAGCCUUAGAGCUACAGGACGAUGUCCUGGCUGGAAAGGACCCGGGUGGAAGCAAGACUCACUCCAGCCACCUGAAACCUAAAAAGGGGCAGUCUACCUCCCGCCAUAAAAAAAGACUCAUGUUCAAGAGAGAAGGACCUGACUCCGACUGACGUCCCCUGCUUCCUGUCCCCCGUUGACACCCCCACCCUGGUCCCCCUCUUCCUGGCGCAUUUUUGGGGUUGGGAGCUUAAACCUCUGCUUGGUACAGAUGUGCCUCAGACACGCCCAGAGUUCCGUCUGCUCUGGCUGAGGCCUCCACUACACAAGCCGGCCUGCACUGCUGCGUUUUGAGGGAAGCUGGAGGGAGCUGAGAUGUUUCAGCUUAACUUUUAAGGUCUUUACUCUGAAGACCAUUUGGGGGAGGUAGGAAAUGUCCCUAACCUCAUUGUCCCCAUUGACAAAAUGUCAAUAAUGAUGCCUGCCUUAGGGGGCUCACUGUGAGGGUUAGUGAAAUGACGGAUGUUUGGGACUAGGCAGCUAGUUGAGAGGAGGGAACUUCUAAAUCCCUUCUCUGCUGUCCUGGCCAACUCCUGUCUGAAGUCGGGGAACCUCACCAUCUCAAAGGAGAUCACGUCUCACCCCACACCCUGGAGGGUCUCACCUCCAGUGAAGGAUCCGUAUCUUCCAAGAUCUGUUUUACUUCCCCCAAAUGCUCAGGAUCCGUUUCCUCUGCAGUCGGAAAGGCACAUCUGUACUCCACACCCGCACUCCUUCCCCUCUUCCCCUUUUAUAUCACAUUUUUUUAUAUUGGUUUCUUAUUUUACAAUAAAACUUGCUUCUA